GGCCACAACCGUGGCAUCAGAACCUUCAAGAGGGUUCAUGAGCCCCGGGAGGAAGCAGCGCCCACCGCGCAGGUGCUGCUUCCAGGACUGCCUGAGAUGGAAUAUCUGGAAGUAAAAGCAGCUCCUGCAGGAUCCCGCCCCUGUAACCCUGUGAUCAAGUCAGUGUAGGGAUCCAGCUCGAACCACACUAAAGGCAGGCUUUGUCUACAUGCGUUCUUGGAUUUCAGUUGUACGCGGGUUUCUGUUGUUUGCUCCUCAGUACAAUCCCGUGGGUGUUUUCGUUUGUGACUUUGUUUUCUGCUGAGAAAAGAACCUUUGAACAGAGUAAAUGAAUAGACAAGGUCACCUAAAAACUGUGAAAAAAUGCCUCGAAGUCGUCUGUCAGUAAAAGAGGAAAUGAGAAUACUGGGGGCCAUACAAAUAAUGACUGGUGUGAUUCAUAACAACCUGGGAAUAAUCUGGCUGUAUAUGUUCUUAACACAAACUCUGACAUUUGGAAAAGGAUACCUGCCUUUAGCACUGAUAACAGGAUAUCCAUUUUGGUCAUCUUUGUCUUUCGUCUUCUCAGGAACUUUUGCAGUAGUGGUGGAGAAGAAGCGUUCAAAAUUCUUGCUGUCCUAUGCUAUAGGAGUGAACAUCUUAAGUGCCUGCAUUUCAAUAAUUGGUAUAACAUUACUACUUUUUGAACUUAUAUUAUUUGGUACAGUCUCAAAUAAUUCUCCUUGGUCACGCAGAAGUGGUGCCCUCCUUUCAACGUAUUUGUUCCUAUUCAGUAUCUUGGAGUUUUGUUUGGCAGUUAUAGUGACUGACUGGGGAUACAAAGCAAGCAAAUAGAAGAUAAAAGAUGCAAAUGUAUUGAUGAUCAAUUUACUAGUGUCCACCUUACCCCAGUUUCAUGGCAGAAGAAGAUCCGUUUCCUGUGUAUGAAGAACCAUCAUGACUUCGGUCAAGGAGGAGAGUUGAGUGGUGAAUGACUUCAUUUUGUCCAAACGACUUCUUGGAAAAUAUGAUUUAAUUAAGCCCUCCUUAGUAUUUCCUUUCCUCCAUUUCUUUAAUAAAAAUCAAUAUUGAUGAA